UAGCUGCAAAACCACUCAGCCAUAAGCCCGUCCGUGUCACGUAUUAAAGCACCAGCUCCUGCGUACCCAAUUUCGUUGAAUUUGGUUUUGUUCUGCAAAACAAUCCUAAAUCCCUUUUCUUUUCUUGGUACAAAACUGGUCUUUUGUGUGUGGGUUUCUUUAAGAGGUCAGCGUGAGAGGAUGAUUUUGGUGCCCCCUUGUGCAGAGAGAAUCAGGUUUUCUUGCAUUGAGUUCUUGAACUUGAACUGAGUUUCAAGGAGAAGGGUAUUCUUUUUUCAGGGGUUUUAGGCUUUAAUCGGGGGUGUCAAAGUCCUCCAGUUCAGUAUCUUCUUCUGCAAUAAAAUAAAGAUUGGAUUGCCAUUUUUUGAGCUGGCUGCUAUAUCAAACCUUGUAUCAAAUAACAGUCUCAAAGUAUUCGUUUUGAAUUCUCUUUGCUAUACAACUGUCUGUAGCUUUCCGUAUAGUUUGAUUUUUUUUUCCUCUAGCUUACUCUUGAUCAUUCAAUUAGUAAAGGUCUAUGUACUCACCCUUGCCUGCCCAAACUAAAACCCAGAAGGAAAACGGAAAACCUACUACUUUCUGUUUCUUUCUUUUUAAGCGAAGGUGAUUUAGAGAGAUCAUUAUUCCUCAAUCCAAUGGCAGAGACUCCUCUUUUCACUUUUUCUCCACUUCGCAAAUCGCAUCUCAAAAGUCAAACUUAUCGCACUCUUGUUCGAAUUUUAUCGCACCCUCAGCUUUGUCAAUUUGUUCCUCCGCCACCAGGUAAUGGUGGUGAUGGAGGGCCGCAUGUGUUGGGAAACCAAGUAUGCAGUAGGCAUGUGGAGUUGUGCCAUGCAAGUUUGCUGGAUAAAAAUGGCCAAGAAAGAGGGUUUAGUGACACGCAAGCGGUGAUCAAUGAGGUAGAGAACAUAAUGGGAAUAGAAGAAGAUGAGAACUUGGUGAUUGAUCAAACUGCUUGUGGAACUGGUUUACAAGAUAGAGAUUUAAUUCAGGCGCAACAUUUGCUAAUUGAUGAGUUAGAGCAUCUCAUGAAAGGAAACGUGGAGCUUGUUUGUCACAACAAUUCUGGCCCUGUGACUAACCGGAAUCGGAAUGCUGCUGGUGAUGUUGUUGCGGUUUCAAACAACCAAGAUGAACAUUUUGAGCGCCAUCCAGUUGUUAUCAAAGAAUGCAGGGGUGUCGGCCAGCUACAACUUGAUGAAGAAACCAUAUGUCAAAAUAACAAAAUAAGCAGUGAAGUUUCAAAACCAGUUGAUAAUUGUGAAGAAAGUUCAUUGUCGAGGACUAAUGGAUUGGAAGUAAAUAAUGAAAUGCAACAGAAAGAGAUACAAAGUUCAUUGUCGAGGACUAAUGGAUUGGAAGUAAAUAAUGAAAUGCAACAGAAAGAGAUACAAUCGGAGAAAUCAGUUUGUGCCGAUGCCACAAUGGGUUAUCCUCCUGAAGAUGGUGAGAUAGAAGAGAGAGAAGUUUCUGGUGAGUUUGAGGUGGAUGAUGGAUCAGUCGAUAUGUUUUCUGAGGAUGCUGUAGUGCCACAGGAGAAGAAAGUUGAUGAGAAGCAAGCUUCUGAAGGUAUUAUUGAUAAAAAUAGGCUUCCUAUUAAUGAAAAAAAUGAAGCAAACAAGAAGCAUUCCUGGUUUUCUUCUUCUAUGGCGUACACAGUUGAGAAUGCUAAAGAUAGAAGAGAAGUGGAAGCCCAACAACGUUUCUCAAGUGAAAUGGCAUGUAAACGGAAAGUUGUAACUUAUGAAGAUCCUAUAUUAGCUGAAGAGGGUGUCUGGUGUAAGAAACAAAAGAAAUGCCAUGGAGUCAGGGAGCAAAACGAUGGGAGUGCAGCAAAAGACCAAAAAAGAGACAGCAGAGUUAAGGAACAAAAGAAAGGAAAUGUUGCCAAUGAUGGUGUUGGCUGCCCAGUGGUUUGUCCUAACAAUCUGGCAUCGUUCACAGAAAAUUCAGAUCAAACUGCAUCUGCAAACCAAGGAAUUGCAUCGAAAGAAAAUGAUGCUGGUCUAUGCAAUAAGAAAAAGCGUGGUCCUCCUUCUAAGGAAAAGAAAGCAAAGAAGAAGGAAAAAGAACGAAAAAAACGGGCUGAAAAGAACAGACAACUUGGUGUUAAAAGGAUGAAGUUACUUCCUGUGCUGAAUCUGAAACCUGUAUCACCCUGCCGUCAUUUUCUCAAGGGGAGAUGCCGGGAGGGUCAAAAAUGCAAAUUUUCCCAUGAUGCAAUACCUUUGACAAAAUCUGAGCCAUGCCAUCAUUUUGCACGUCACAAAUGCAUGAAAGGUGACAAUUGUCCAUAUGAUCAUCAGCUCUCCAAGUAUCCUUGUACAAACUAUGUGUCAAAAGGUUAUUGUAUCAGGGGUGAGAGUUGUAUGUUUUCACACAAGGAAGAUCAUUCAUCUACAUCAAACGUUUCAAAUGUUUGCACUCCUAAGGUGAAGCCUCCAUCUUUGCCGAGCACUUCAUAUUCUAAGAGGCAACUGGAUAUUAGUGGAACUUCCAACCAGACUGCCAAAGCCUUGCCUGAUUCCACAGGAGUUAUUUCUGAUGAUAGACGUGCUGCACUAAAUGUGGCGAAGACUGUACAGAAUUUGCCUGCACUGGUGCCCAAAGGUAUUAGCUUUCUUUCUGGUGGGAAGAAGUCAAUGGUUGAAUCUAGUCCUAAACCAAGCAGCCCAUCUCUGAAGAGUAACGUGUUUGUCAAAGUUGGAAACCAGAUAGAUCAAUGUGCAUCCGUCACAGUUCAAAACUGCAAUGAGAUUCCUAGGAAAAUUCCUUCCGUUGUUGCACCAAAGGGGAUAAAUUUCCUUUCAUUUGGCAAAGCUCCAUUGGAUAAAUGUUCAAGUACUAUGAAAUUAAAAAGCUUGGCCAUUAAUCAGGGAAAUGGUGUCAACUUAUUUUCAUCCAAAAAUUUCGCUGUGCACGAAGAAGGUUGCUCAUCUUCAAAUAAGGAUAAUAGUGUCGUAGUUGGCAAAGAGACACACCAAAGUGUGUCAAAUAUGGCGGCGCAUAGGUUGAAUAAGAUGCUGCAGAAAACUGAACCUGUAGCAUUUCAAGAUGCUUCAGCGGAUAGUUUUAGGAGAAACCAGCAGGCUAGCUUGCCUUUAAGUUCUGGUAGCGGUGUUCAUGCAUCUGUUCAAGAAAGUAAACUUGCAUCCAAUAAACAUAUAGAGUUGAGUGCAUUCCAAGGGAGGCUGCCAGCUUCACCACUUGGUUCAGGUCAAUCUUCUGAUCAGUUGGCACAUGCAUGUUUGAAAAACAAACCAAUAUCUGCUCAGAAGGCACUAAUGUCAACACUAGCAUUUGCUACAAAGGUUGAAUCUCUAAUGAAGAUGAAUCAGUCCACCGGUGGUGCUUUUGCUGUCAGUAGCAUGGUCAGCAAGGAAAGCAGGGAUAGUGCUACACCUAGAGGUUUACAGAUUGACUCAGAAAAGGCAUCAAAAGUUUUGGAUUUUUUAUCUGGUAUUGGUGGUGAAACAAAGCAGUAACCUGUUAUUGCCAACUAGAUAUCACUGGGAACAUAACAUGUCUUUAGACUGGGAACUGGAGCUAAUUCAAAAGCAUUUGGCUGUCGAGCAAGAAGCGAAGACCAUACUCUGAUCAUUUAUUGGCAAUUUAACUGUUAUUCUUCAUCCAAAUUUUUUCAGUACUACUUAGGAGGUGCAGUUUGCACGUCUCCUAGCUGUCACUGCUCUUCCCUAUCCAGCAGCUAUUCUGUUGACUGGAAAGAGGCCGACUGCUGGUAAGUUUGUGACGGAGGUGAACAUUGAUGGCUGCAUUUUUAAAGUCUAUGAGGCGAACGAUUUCAGUUUGUUCCUUGCUUUUGUUACGUAUUUCUUGGAAGCACACAUUCCAAUUACUUGGCAGGCAAUAUGGAUUCUCCGGCUGGCAUCGCUCUGUUUUGCAGCACCCUGGGUUAUGUAUGGAGGACAGGAGCUUGCGAAAUUGUGAGUUAAUUGAUGUCAUUGAAAGGUAAUAGGUCUGGAACCCAACCCAGGAAAUAUAACAUAUAACAACAUCUAUGUUGUUAACUGUCUCUGAACUCUUUCCGAAUUCUGUGAUAAAAAUCUGAAAAAAAAAGAAGAAAAGAAAAGGAAUGAGAACUUCAGUGAUGAACAA